AUGGAGAAGCCUACGGAGCUGAGUCGUUGCCUAGUAACGAUCAAAGACGUCGUAGGUUUGGGAGAGCACGAAACGUCUUAUCUCGCCAAUGGAAACUCACAGGAAACAGGUGCACCCGUCACGGGUGUCCUGGAACGGUGGAUCGCAAUGGGAUCGGCCAUCACGCCCAUCGAUUGUUAUGUAGAACUUUUACUUCGCCAAAUGUUGACCAACGAAGAGAGUAGAUGCACGUGCACCAGCAGCAAAGGAAGCGCCGUAAUCUUCACCAUGAAAUUGCUGCGUAUCGAAGGACAGAAAUAUUACUACGAACAGACGCUCGCAGAAUCGCUCGCACUAGCUAAACAGUACAAAGAGAAUGGAGUGGCAAUGUUCCAAAAGUAUCCGCGGUUUGCUCACGCUUACUUCAACCAAGCGGUAAAGUGUCUUCUUUCUUGGUCUCCGAUCGAACAGCUCGAUCCGGCCAUCGAAGGCGCUAGCACGCUGGACGAGAUGCAGUCGCUGCUCGAAACGUUAUACCUCAACAUUGCCGCCUGUUUGAUAAAGCAAAAUCGCUACGAAGAGGUUCUGCACGUGCUACAGUACACCGACCAGCAGGAGAAACCCUCGGCAAAGGCAACGUACCGAAAAGCACUGGCUCAGUUCAAGAUAAAACAGUUUACUGAAGCCCUAGGUACAUUGGAAAGGAUAGACUUCGCCAGCAGUAAGGAGUGCGCGGUUUUGCACAAACAAAUUCUCCAAACCCGUCAACAAGAAGACAGUAGAUACAAUUCCAUGGUGAAGAAAAUGUUCGCUUAGUGUUGCAGUGAAGCUCUACUUGCUCU